GAAUCCAUACACUCCGUGACCUUUUUUUUUAAAAUGACUAUCCUCAAAUUACUUGUCAUAAAUUUUUCUGGUUUAAUUAGCGUAAAAACCGCUUUAGCGCAAGGCUAUAAUAAUUAUGGUCCGUCAAAUAACGGCUACAACUACAACAACCCAUCCCCGGUGUACACGCCAACCACCCCGCCACCGCUGCCACAACCGCUACCCACGCCACCACCGCCUCUGUACGGUUCCGGUGUCCCUUCCCCGGUAUAUCAAACAUACACACCGGCGCCUUAUCAGUAUUACGCCCAACCGACACCACAACCUUUUCCAUUACCGCCUUCUCCGUAUGGCAACGGAUACAACGUCCGCACCACGCCGGCUCCCGUUCCCGUGCCACCGGCGCCAUACUCCAGCGGAUCUCCGGCGAAUUCUUAUAACACGAUACCCAUGUACCCGGUAAUUCAACGCCAGCCGUAUAGUAAUCCCCCCAAUUGCCGGUGUGACCUUAGUCCGUAUAUUGUUAUCCCGGUGUGCGGGAAUGAUGGAGUGACGUACGGGAAUAUCUGCGAUCUGGUUAAUGCUAUGGCAAACACGCAAGGUUUAGGAUUUCGGUGUGGCACGGCGUGUCCUUGCCGAUACGAUGUAGUUGAUUACCGAGGCGAGAUAGAGCGUCCCAUUCGCGGGAAUUUCGCCAACUGCUUGACUAACGGUACCACCGUGCGCAGCCCGGCGGAUGUCCGCACAGCGCUGGUUUUCGAUCCAUCUAUUGGUGUACGAUGCGACGCUGAUUGCUCCACCUGUCAGAACGGCCCCUGGCGAUGUCCCAGCUACUACAUGGAUUUCACCCCGCACUACAACGACAACCGACCUGUCUCCACCACUUCCCUGUCCACCAUCAUCAACGGUCUUCCGCGUCCCUCUAGUACGUUCGCCCCGCCUCUCAACGGAUACGGUCAACCGGCAGCCACCACCCGCCGCCGCACCACUACCACUCCGCGACCCGCGGUGGUCGUUAUAGCCGGUACCCCGGGUAACCGCCCCACUGGAGCGGCGCCCGCCGUGGUGGUCGUGCCACCCGCUACCCGAGGAUCACCGGCGCCACCGGCAGUGGUGGUUGUAGCUCCCGGAGGCGAGGUCGAAGCCACACCGGCACCGGAAGGUGAAACAACCCAACCCACGGAAGGAGAGAUAACGGAAACGCCAGCGGAGCCUGGGGGGGAAGCGACGGAAGCGGCGCCGAAUGCAGAAGAGACCACGGAGGGCGGGACUCCUGAAGAAGGUGCUACCGAGGCCCCAACUGAGGGAGAGGCAACGGAACCCAGUGGAGAAUCCCCGGCUCCAGAGGAAAAUCCAGGAGAAGCUCCAGCUACAGAUGUAACGCCAGGAGAGACUCCGGCACCGGAGGAGACCCCAGCGCCGGAAGAAACACCUGCCGAAGGCUCGACGGAACCGGCUGCCGGGGCACCGGAAGAGGCGCAACCCAGUGAAGAAGAAUCGGCAAGUGCACCGCCGGAAGGUGAAGCUCCAGGUGAAACUCCCGCUCCGGCGGAAAGAGAAAACCCGGAAGCCACGGAAGCACCUGCGGAAACGCCUGCUCCGGAAAACCCUCCAACAGAAGGGGAAGCUGCUCUGGCAGAAGGGAACCCAGAGGGUGAAAACGCACCACCGGCGGAAGGUGAGGCAACGCCAGCAGCGGAAGGCGAGGGCACACCCCCGCCCGAAGGCGGUGAGGAAACCCCGACACCGAAAGCCUCCAGUGAGUCUCCGGAAUCAAGUUCGCCGACAUCCCCGGAAACGUCAACCGGUGCUGCGGGAGAGGAAGCAACCAGCGUCGCAAAUGAGCCAGUAUAAUAAAAUUCUAAAUUACCAAUUAAAUAAUAUGACAAGUUGACAACCAAGAAACUUUGGCAACCGUUCCACUUGUGUUUCGACCGACCGCUGUGUUACAACUAAUCAACCUUUUUGCUACCAAAUGAACAAUCUUUAUACAAAAAUAUUCUCCAGUGUCUGAUAUUCAGAAAAAAGCAGGCAGUUUGAAAUGGCAAAGAAA